AAAAUUAUAUACACACAUUUUUCGGCAACACGAAUUCUACAAAAAAAAAAUAUUUCUUAAUUUUUCUAAAUUCUAAAUUCUAAAUUUCUCCCCACCGAUUUCCUUUUGAUAUUGCAAAAACAGCGAAAUGAGUAGGAAACCUAUAGGUCCCGGACCCGGUGCUUAUAUGCUGCCAUCGAAUGUCGGCUACGAAAACCAUGACGCUCGCAAGCAACGUUUGCCAAUGUACUCGUUUGGCGUGCGAUCGUACAAGCACGAAAAGUUGAUUGGUCCCGGACCGGGCGCCUAUAAGGUGGAUAAUAUGACACGUUAUGGCAUAAGUCAGGGCAAUCAAUUUACCAUACAGGGCAGAACAUAUAUGAAAGAAAAGAAAUUCGGUCCAGGACCGGGUGCACAUGAUGUCCACCUGAAACCGUUCUUUAAAGGCACCGAUGCGCCAGCUUAUUCAAUGUCUUGGCGGACGGCUUAUAAUUUCAAGAGUUCUACACCGGGUCCGAAUGCAUAUGCCGUGGAUGUGUCACCAAUUAAACCGGGAUUUCCAGCAUACAGCAUGGGCAUGCGCUGUGGCAUAUCUGGCAAGGGUGGUUCCCCUGGUCCAGCUGCUUAUGGUGCUGGAAAUCUCGAUGUAAAACUACCACGUAGCCCUGAGUAUUCAAUUGCCGGACGUAAUCCGUACUCUUACAAACGCUUUGGCCCUGGUGCGAACUAUUAUAACCUCAUGUAUUAUCGUCCUGGAAAGACGGGACAGGCGUACUCGUUUGGUAUACGUCACAAUGAGUUUGCACCGCCAAUGGUUGUUAAGUGUGAUAAUAUGUAAUUGCAAUAUUAAGAAGAAAUCUUUUAUUUUUUAAGUUAUUCACUAUUCACUUUUUGGUACUUAUUUUUAAGAA